CCGCCGCCCCGCCCCGCGGCGCGUGCGGCAGCUGGAGCUGCAUGGGGGCCGACACGGCGACUCCGCGGUGCUGCCGGAGCUCUCGGGCCUCCGCCAGCGCGCCCGCUGGCCCAGCGGCUCAGCGCGGGAGCGCGCCGCGGCCCCCGCGGAGCACGGGGCGAUCCUGCACGCGCUCGGCGCUGAGGAGGUGGUCCAGCGGCGGGUCGCCGUGGCCCCCGCGCCCGCCGCGCUGCUGCAGGGGGUCCGCCCUUGUGCCCCUGGACAGGCUGCGCGGGGAUGUGGCCCUCCACGCCGCGGCCGAGGGAACUGAUGUGGCGCGCGCCGGCCCGCGUCAGCUGCGAGCGGCGCGGCGCGGUCCGCGCCUCGGCCCCAGUCUGGCCGGCCUGUGCAGCCAUCGGGUGGUCCAGGCGGAGAUCGGUCUCUGUGGCGCCGUGGCGCCGCCCAGGCUCCGUGUGCUCGGGUCGCUGGUCGUCGGCCCGACGGAGUGGAACGUGGAGACCCCCUGCUCCGCGCCUGCUUUCGCACUGCAGGCGGAAGAGGAAUGCGCGAAGGGGCCCGACGUAAAGAAGAAGCUCUCGGUGGUCGAUCCCGUGUGCGCGGAGCUCGCGCUUGGGCGGUGGCUUUCGCCAGACCCGCACCCGCAGGCUGCCGCCUUCGUGAACGUCCUGGAAGCGGGCUGGCGCCUGGCGGGGUUUGGAACCGCGACGGGCACGAAGGAAAUGUACGGCACCGAGGACGUGUCCGUGGAGCAGCUGGAGCACGUGCGCGACGGGGUCGAGGACGUUUCAGCUGCUGCCGCUGAUGCAGACGGGGAUCCCCUCGGCGGAGCCGCCGUUGGCGAGGCCGACGUGAAGGAGCAGGAGACGGGGGGGGGAUAGGCGUGCUGCCUCCCUCCUCCCUUCCUGCUGACGCUGCUUAGGCGAGGUGGUGUGGCGCGAGGGCCAGCAUUGCCCGCUGCUGGCUCGAGUCCGGGGCCGAGGUCCACGGUGGGCAGGAGGUGGACGACGCUGACCAGCACGACAUCGUCGAGCCGCGCUCCAGCGAGCAGUGCGAGUACGUGCAGGUCGUCUUGCAGGGGCAGUCGAGGGGCGUUCCGGAGCCUGCUGCCGACUGCUUGGCGAGGCUCGGACAGGACGCCGAAUCGAUCUUGCAUCUCGCUCGGUACGGGGCGGCGGCGAUCUCGGACGACAUGAAGGCCAAGGGGCACGGGGCGCUCUUGGAACUACUGGAGUCCGAGGGCGAGGCGUUGAAACUGCUAGACGCGCUGGGUGUGCUUGGCGAUGGCAGCUCAGCGGGCGUCGGGCCUGCAGAAGUCGACGGGGAGACCGCGCCGCGGGAGCUCGUCGAGGUGAAGGAGCUGGUGGAUGCCAUUGAGCCGCUGAGGCAGCGCUGCGUGAGCCGCAGGCUUGCGGCGUUGUGGCUGGCGCGGAAGCGCACUGGUCCUAGCUCCCGUGAGUUGUGCUGCGGGCUAGUGGGCGCAGCGUGCACGUUGCCCGCAGGAAGAAUCCGCAUGCACGCACGGGCCCCUCGAGAGUAACAACCAA